AUGGGAGCAUCUUCAUCAAAUGAUGGCGAUGUGGCUUUAGGGAGUGAGGCAAAAACAGCCGCUGUGACUGCAACAACAUCCGGUAUCAUAAAUAAUAAGGAAUAUACCUACGCAGGUACCAGCCCAGUAGCUGCCCUGAGUAUUGGUGAUACAGGGAAAGAACGUCAGCUGCAAAAUGUUGCAGCCGGACGAAUAUCCGAAACCAGUACUGACGCUGUUAACGGCAGUCAGCUUUUUGCAACGAACAGUGCAUUAACACAAAUCGGUAAUAGCAUUAGUCAAGUCAGUAAUAACAUUAGUGAUAUUGCUGUUUUUUUGGGCGGAGGUGCUACCAUUACGCCUGAUGGCUCUUUCAAAGCUCCGGCUUAUCAGAUUCAGGGCUGUGGGCGCUCAACCGUGGGGGAUGCCCUGGCGGUACUGGACACCUCGGUCACCGCGAACACCGGCAAUAUAACCACACUGCAGAAUGACGUGAAUAAUAUCAGCAGCGGCUCCGUGGGGCUGGUACGUCAGGAUCCGACAUCCCGGGUGGUCAGCGUUGCUGCAGCCAGUGGGGGAACAUCAGUGGAUCUGACCGGUACGGACGGCGUCCGUACCCUGACCGGUGUCCGGGAUGGUACUCUUGCAGCGGACAGUAGCGAAGCUGUAACCGGCAGUCAGCUUUAUCAGACAAAUACCGUCCUGAGUUCAGUGGCUACAGCUCUUGGUGGAGGGGCUUCAUUCGAUAAUAUUAGUCAGUUCAGAAAUCCUGUUUAUAUCAUUCAGGGACAGAGUAAAUAUAACGUGGGGGAUGCGUUUAUUGCUGUUGACAAUACGUUAACUGAAAAUAUAUCAAAGAUUAACUCUCUUCAGGCUGGACAAAGCGGUUUGGUACAACAGAAUGCGAACAGCAAAGUAAUAUCUGUUGGUUCCGGAAGUGGAGGCUCUUUGGUCGAUUUUCGCGGGACGGAUGGUGAAAGGGGGCUGACAGGGAUUGCCGAUGGAGCAGUCAGUGCGACCAGUACCGAUGCUGUAAAUGGUAAACAGUUAUAUGAAACGAAUCAAAAAGUUGCCCAGAAUAUAACUGAAAUAAAUAAGUUGAGUUCAGGAAUAAAAGACAUUGAAGACGGGAAAGUCGGUCUGGUUCAACAAGCCUCAAAUCUUUCUGAGGUGACAAUAGCAAAAAAUAGUGGUGGCGAGAAAAUAACCGUCAGCGGUACUGAUGGUAAUCGGCAAAUAACAGGAGUGAAAGAAGGGGUCAAUGAUAAUGAUGCAGUAACUGUCAGCCAGUUGAAAGAAGUUUCAGGCAGUAUAGGAGAUGCAUCAAUGCUGGCGGUAAACUCAGAAAAAACAAUGAAGCCUAAAGCCAGCGGGAAAAAUGCCAUUGCUUUAGGAAGUAAUUCCAGAGCAGAAAAAGAUAAUGCCAUUGCAGUUGGUGCUGAUGUGAAUGUAACCGGAGAAAACAGCAUUGGUAUUGGGAACAAAAGUACUGUUUCAUCAAAAAAUAGCGUGGCCCUCGGGAGUAAUUCUGUAGCAAGUGAGGAUAACACCGUGUCAGUUGGCUCUUCACUGAAUCAGCGAAGAAUAACCAAUGUUGCUCCGGGAGUUAACCGAUCUGAUGCUGUAACUGUAGGACAGCUUAAUGAAAGUUUCUCCAGUUUAAAACAGUAUACUGACAGAAAGGUGGAUUCUCUUGAUAAAAAGAUGGGGGAUAUGAAAACAAAACUGACCGCAGGUAUCGCAACAUCAAUGGCUCUGUCAGGGAUUCCACAGGCCUACCAACCCGAUUCAAGUCUGGUCGGAGUAUCUGCAGGUACCUAUGGUGGCGAAUCGGCAAUUGCUGUAGGUGUUUCUCAUAUAUCAGAAAAUGGACACUGGAUAACGAAAUUACAGGCCGGCGGGAAUACCCAGAAUGACUUUGGUGCUUCUGUGGGGGUUGGUUAUCAGUGGUGA